CUUUGAAGCGGGUCGGGGGGCGGGAGCCGCUUUCCCAGCCCGCCCCCGCCGCCAUCUUUGAAAAGGGCAGGCCCAGCCGAGGAGCGGAGAAGAACGGCUGCCGGGUCGGGAAGCGUGAGCGGAGACCGAUCUUGAAUUAAUUCCGACAUGGCAGAGCAUGGGAUCACUAUUGGUCAACAAGUGGCUGUUGUUUGUGAUAGCUACUCCUCUCCCGAGGCACUCCAGAAAUUUGUCCAGGAUGUUCAAGCAGUUGUUGGAGGUGAAGGUCACAUUUCUGUAGAAAACAUCAACCAGCUGCUUUACUCAUCCCACAAAGAGUCCAGCUUUGACGUGGUUCUGUCAGGGCUGGUACCCGGCAGCCUAACGCAGCACAGCGCAGAAGUUCUUGCUGAAAUAGCGCGGAUUGUCAAGCCUGGAGGUCGUGUCCUUUUAAAAGAAGCGGUGACCACCGAAACAGGUAACAACGACAAACUCAAGACAGUAAGCAAACUGCGAACAAUUGUGAUGCUCUCUGGAUUGGUUGAGGUAAAAGAGCUGCAGAAGGAGGCUUUAACCUCGGAGCAGAUUGAGACUAUCCAGAAGCAUCUAGAUCUGCAAUGCAAUGAAAUUCUUGCGGUUCAGCUAGAAGGCAAGAAGCCCAAUUUUGAGAUUGGAUCUUCAAGUCAGCUCAAGCUUUCCAUUGUCAAGAAAUCGACCACUGAAAAAACGAGGGUGGAUCCCACUGCUGCAAGACUCUGGACUCUUUCUGCCAACGACAUGGAUGACGAGGACGUGGAUCUCCUGGAUUCAGAUGAGCUUCUGGAUCCUGAGGAUUUGAAAAAGCCAGAUCCAGCAUCCCUCAAAGCACCAUCUUGUAAGGAAUCUGGAAAGAGGAAAGCCUGUAAGAAUUGCACCUGCGGCCUUGCUGAAGAACUAGAGCAGGAGAAGAAAAGCGCACAGCCAAAAUCUGCUUGUGGCAACUGCUACCUGGGGGAUGCCUUCCGCUGUGCCAGCUGCCCUUACCGAGGCAUGCCAGCCUUCAAGCCUGGCGAGAGAAUCCUCCUGAGCGAAAACAACCUUCAGGACUCCUGAAAAAGGAGCUGCAGCCAACAGCAGGGCAGUUUCUCAAAUAAAGAGGAAAGGAAGUCUGGACUUGGGGGUGGGUUAGGAAAGAAACAGGUGGACCAAUGUGAGAUAUUAAAAGGAGAGACUCGUGUUCCAGACUCCCUUCUGUGCUGGGAUCACUUUCGGGACUUACCACUUUCUGGAACCUUGCCUGCCAUUCUUUUGAAGGGUGUAUGUGGGUUUGCAUCUAGAUUCUGGCCAUUAUCAUAUGCCCUGUAGACGAAAAGAUCUUGCUAGUAAACAGCAUCAGCCCUGGAGCUACCUGGAAUUUAAAAGUGCUACCUUGUCUUAUUGAGCCGACACAUGGAGAACCUUUUCAUGUACUUCGCUGGCAGGAUGUGGCACUGCAGAACCCCAAACAAUGCAGGUCAGGGGUGGGCGGUGUUGGUUUAUAGUCAAAGUUGCAUAGUCUGUCUUCAUUCUCAGUUUCGUGCCAAUGACAGGAUGCGAGGAUUCAAAAUUAAACUUGUGAAACUCUUA